AUGAGCCGUUCCAUCGGGUCAUCAGUAACAGCACCGCCGUCGCCUAGAAUCCGCGCCAAUGGGCAAGACCGCCAAAAUGAAGCAGCACAAGUGAACAGCGGCAAUCUGCCGCCGCCUGGUGCGCCGUACUGGGCAAGCGCUCUGAGGUCUAUGAAGGACUCGGACCCCGCGUCGAAAACCGAGAAGGACUCUGUUCCCAACUCGGACGCGACCUACCCGCGUAGUAUAUCGUCUACCGCUCCUUGUUCACCGCGACUUCCCCCUGUGCGGCAGAAUUCUGGCAGCCACACGCCGCGAGUCCGCCCGCAUGCAACGACGCUCAAUAUCCCGGGCAUGACACGUUCGAGGGCGUCUCCAAACGGUCACAUUGCGGACAGAGAUGUCGCGGCAAAAUUGGUCAUCAUUAUGGUUGGCCUGCCAGCCAGGGGGAAGUCGUACAUCACCAAGAAAAUCCAGCGCUACCUGUCCUGGCAACAGCACAGCACUAGGAUAUUUAAUGUGGGAAAUCGUAGACGCAUUGCCGCCGGCCUUACCAAUCCGCCCCCCACAUCACCAACUUCAGACCCCGUCAAGGUUGACGUGCCCGCUGAGGCAGCAGCUAAGCUUCUGAAUGGCACGAAACCCCCCGCCAUCGUCAUCGACGAUGAGCCCACGAAAUUGGACCUCAACGGACCCGCCAGCGACUCAAAGCCUUGCGAGAAGAUUGACCAGUCCGCUUCAUUUUUCGACCCGAAGAACGAAACCGCAUCCAAGCUCAGAGAGCAGGUCGCUCUCGACACGCUCGAUGAACUGCUGGCGUAUCUUCUCACCCAGGGCGGUGCUGUCGGCAUCCUUGAUGCCACAAACAGCACCAUACAUCGGCGAAAACUUCUGGUGGAUCGAAUCAAAGAGAGGGAGCCAAAGCUGGGCAUCCUCUUCAUUGAGAGCAUCUGCCAUGACCAGAACUUGCUCGAGGCAAACAUGCGCUUGAAGCUCUCCGGGCCUGACUACAAGGAUAAGGAUCCGGUCAAGUCCCUGGAGGAUUUCAAGCAGAGGGUCAAAGCUUAUGAGAGCGCCUACGAGCCAUUGGGCCAGUACGAGGAGGAUCAUGACUUGCAGUACAUUCAGGUUUGUCUCAUGAUUGAUGUGGGUCGAAAGAUUAUCCAGCAUCGUCUGCGAGGCUUCUUGAGCGGCGGCAUCGCUUCGUAUCUCACAACGUUCAACCUGUCGCCCAGACAGAUCUGGAUCACGCGCCACGGAAAGAGUGUUGACAACGAGCUGCACAAGCUGGGCGGUGACUCGGUGCUAACAGAGAGCGGCCACUGCUACGGCUUGGCUCUCUACCGGUUCAUUACGCACAAGCGGCAGGAGUGGCUGGUUCAGCAAAAGAACAAGAUUGCACAGUCCUCGUUCCCACCGCAGCCUGGCGAUAACACGCCGCCUUAUCCGGAGCUCAAUCAGGAGCUCGAUGACAAGAACUUUUGUGUCUGGACGUCCAUGCUCCGACGCAGCAUAGAGACUGCCGAGUACUUUGACGCCGAUGACGAUUACGAUGUCAAGGCCUGGGAAAUGCUGAACGAGCUCAAUGCGGGCAUUUUCGAAGGCAUGACAUACGAGGAGAUCGCACAGAAGUACCCUGAGGAGUAUCAGAAGCGGCUGCAAGACAAACUUCAGUACAUCUACCCUGGCGUCGGAGGAGAAGGGUAUCUCCAAGUCAUUAGUCGUCUUCGCGACAUGGUGCGCGAAAUUGAGCGCAUCACGGACCACGUCUUGAUCAUCGGACACCGAUCGGUCUGCCGAGUGUUGCUGGCCUACUUUAUGGACCUGACAAGGGACGAUAUUGCCGAUCUUGACAUGCCGCUCGGCAUGCUCUAUGCUAUCGAGCCGAAGCCGUACGGAAUUGAGUUCCAUGCCUACCGAUACGACGAGGAGGCGCAGUGGUUCGACGAGUUACCCAACUACAAGCCGCGGAAGACGGUUGACAGAAACUCGUGA